AUGUAUGUCCACGUCCCUGAGUAUGUCCACAUCCCCCGAGUAUGUCCACGUCCCCCUGAGUAUGUCCACAUCCCCCGAGUAUGUCCCCCCCCUGAGUAUGUCCACAGUGUGUCCACGUCCCCGAGUGUGUCCACGUCCCCCCGAGUAUGUCCACGUCCCCCGAGUAUGUCCACGUCCCCCGAGUAUGUCCACGUCCCCGAUCCCGAGUAUGUCCACAUCCCCGAGUAUGUCCACAUCCCGAUGUCCACGUCCCCCACGUCCCCUGAGUAUGUCCACGUCCCCCUGAGUAUGUCCACAUCCCCCCGAGUAUGUCCACGUCCCCCUAUGUCCACAUCUCAGAGUAUGUCCACGUCCCCGAGUAUGUCCACGUCCCCGAGUAUGUCCACGUCCCCGAGUAUGUCCACGUCCCCCGAGUAUGUCCACGUCCCCGAGUGUGUCCACGUCCCCGAGUGUGUCCACGUCCCCGAGUAUGUCCACGUCCCGUCCCACGUCCCGAGUAUGUCCACGUCCACGUCCCCGAGUAUGUCCACGUCUCAGUAUGUCCACGUCCCCUGUCCACGUCCCCGAUGUCCACGUCCCCGAGUAUGUCCACGUCCCCCGAGUAUGUCCACAUCUCCGAGUAUGUCCACGUCUCAGAGUAUGUCCACGUCCCCGAGUAUGUCCACGUCCCCGAGUAUGUCCACGUCUCAGAGUAUGUCCACGUCCCCGAGUAUGUCCACGUCCCCCGAGUAUGUCCACAUCUCCGAGUAUGUCCACGUCUCAGAGUAUGUCCACGUCCCCGAGUAUGUCCACGUCCCCGAGUAUGUCCACAUCCCGUGUAUGUCCACGUCCCCCUGA